GGCAGAGAAAUUCAUGGGGAAACCCUGAUGCUCCUUGGUAAGAAAAACCGACAUGGAUGGUGCAACGGACUCGGUUUUGGUUUUGAAAGCGUGGCUAAUUUUCUUUGUUCUAGCAAUUGCCAUUCUGGGCAACUCAAAACUAGAUCAUGCAGGAAGAAAACUUGCUGAAAUCCCAGGCUUCAUCAGCAUCGACUGUGGCAGCACUGAAGAUUCAAUUGAAAAUGGCAUUACUUAUGUCUCAGAUAAAGAAUUUAUAGAUACCGGAAUAACUGCGACUGUGUCUGGAAAUUCUGAACAGCUGCUAAAAACCUUGAGAAGUUUCCCUCAAGGAAAGAGGAAUUGUUACACCCUGAGACCGGAUCAAGCCAGAAACAACCCCUACAUAAUCAGAGCUAGAUUCUUAUACGGGAAUUAUGAUGGAAAAAAUCAGUACCCAACAUUUGACCUACAUCUUGGUGUUAAUAAAUGGAUAACGGUGAAUUUAACCGACCUGCCUUUGACUCGUGGGAUUAUUCAUGUUCCCACGACGGAUUUCAUAGAUGUCUGUCUUGUGAACAUUGGCCGUGGGAUACCCUUCAUUUCUGCUUUGGAACUGCGGCGUUUGGAGAAUUCCAUUUAUCGAACCGAAAGCGGGGAGGCACUUGCAAGCAUUAGGCGAUAUGAUGUCGGCGGAAGUGGACCAAUGAUGAGGUAUCCUGAAGAUGUCUAUGAUCGCUUCUGGUGGCCUUUUUCAUCGAAGGAUUGGAUUCAAAUUGAAACCAAUGCGAGCAAUUACACCCAUAGCAGUGAUAAUGCCUAUAAAAUACCAAAUGCAGUGUUGAUGACCGCUGCCAAAACACAGAACGCGAGCAUUCCCUUGAGAUACUCCCCAGAUGAUGAGACAAGGGAACAAUGCUCAAAUUCUAAAUGUUCUGUUUACUUUCAUUUUGCGGAGAUUGAGAAGCUUGAACUAGGUCAGCAGAGGGAAUUGACUAUCAACUUGAACGCCGAGACAAACCUGACAGAAUCUGUCAAACUUGAUUAUCUAAACCCACAAACCAUAGCCCGAACUUCUCUGCCAAUUAGAGGAAUGUGGCUUAACUUUUCAAUAAAUGCGGCCAAGGGAACUCAGCUCCCUCCAAUCCUCAACGGCUUCGAGACUUUUGCAUUAAUAGAGCAACCAAAUCAACCAACUGUCGCAGACGAUGUUGAAGCCAUCAUAGAAAUCAAGAAACUGUACAGAAUGACUAGAAACUGGCAAGGCGACCCAUGUGCACCAAGUGAAUACUCAUGGGAUGGAUUGAACUGCAGUAACGACAACCCGCCAAGGAUCAUCUCACUGAACUUGAGCUCAAGCAAUUUGACCGGAGAGAUAUCAGCUUCAUUCUCCAGUCUCCAAGCGAUGCAGUCCUUGGACUUGUCAUAUAAUGACUUAACUGGUCCACUACCUGAACUUUUGGCACAAUUGCCAAAUUUAAGCACCCUUGAUUUAAGAGGAAAUAAUCUCACAGGUAUAGUUCCUGAGGCGCUUCUGGAGAAGUCUAGGGAUGGGAAAUUGAUGCUGAGGCUCGAUGAAAAUCCAGACCUUUGUCCGCCAACUUCAUGCAAGAGGAGGAAGAAAAAGGACUUUGUUAUUCCACUUGUUGCAUCAUCUAUAGCAGCAGUGUUGGUCCUUCUGCUCAUCUUUAGUGCUCUGGCUAUAUAUAGAAGGAAAAGACAAGGUAUGGUUGCCAAAUCAAACAUCAAAACGAAGAGUCGGCAAUAUAGUUAUUCUGAAGUUGUGAGUAUAACCAAUGACUUCAAAACAAUUAUUGGAGGAGGUGGGUUUGGAAAUGUGUACCUUGGCAUGCUGGAAGAAGACACUAAAGUUGCAGUUAAGUUUCUCCGUCCUUCAUCAAACCAAGGGUACAAGGAAUUUCAAGCAGAGGCACAACUCCUAACAAUAGUUCAUCAUCAAAACUUGGUUUCUCUUGUUGGAUACUGUGAUGAGGGUGGAAACAAAGCACUCAUAUAUGAGUACAUGGCUAAUGGCAAUCUGCUCCAGCAUUUAUCAGGGACAAAUGCAAACAUCUUAAGUUGGAAUAAGAGACUUCACAUUGCAGUGGAUGCAGCACAUGGGCUGGAGUAUCUACAUAAUGGUUGCAGGCCAUCUAUAAUCCACAGAGAUUUGAAACCUUCCAACAUUUUAUUAAAUGAUCACAUGCAAGCCAAGAUAGCUGAUUUUGGGCUUUCUAGAGCAUUCUCAACUGACAGUGACUCUCAUGUAACAACUCGCCCAGCUGGCACAUUUGGAUACCUCGACCCUCGAUCUCAUGCAACAGGAAAAGUCAAUAAAAAAAGUGACGUCUAUAGCUUUGGGAUAAUUUUGUUUGAGUUGAUCUCUGGUCGCCCUGCAAUAAUAAGAGGCUCUAUGGAAGAUACUCACAUACUUGACUGGGUUAUUCCUAUGAUAGAAAGGGGGGAUAUUCAAAACAUUGUUGACCCAAGGUUAGAAGGAGAGUUUAACACUAAUUCUGCCUGGAAAGCUGUGGAGAUAGCCAUGUCUUGCACAUUGGCUACUGCAAUCCAAAGACCAGACAUGAGUCAGGUAUUGAUAGAACUAAAGGAAUGUUUGGAACUUGUGAUGGCUCAUGGAAGAAGUCAAAGGUUCAAUACCGAGGGCAGGACUUCAGGAAUUUCACUAGAAGCAAUCCCUGUUGACCUUGAAUCAGACAUUGCUGCCCUUGCUAGGUAGUUACGAAACAACCUAUAUAUGGUCGAGAGUUUUUAGUCUGUAACAAAAAAGCAAUCUCCUUGUCUCAUGUUUGCAUCUCUGUUUUAAUUGGUAAUG